UUACACCUCAUAAGUUGUGGUUGUUACGAUGCUAUGGAUGUGAGCCGCAGCAUAUUUCAACAUUGUGCUUUGAUACGAAAAUGGCCGAUGUCUCAAAUAAUGAACGCAAAGUGAAGUUUACUAAAAACGGAAAAAUCGUUAAAAGACGUCUAAGGAAUCCAGAAGAAUGGCACAAACAGAAGCAAAAGCGGCUAAGAAUAGCUGGCUUAGAAUAUAUAAAUGCAAAUGGAAAAGUGGUACCACCAAAACGACCGGGUCCCGACUGCAACUGUCGGAGACAAUGCUUUCAGAAGGUCCCUGAAGAUAUUAGACUAAAGACAUUUCAAGGUUUCUACUCCAUGAAAACUCACGACGAACAAAAUGCUUAUUUGUUUGGAUUAAUGAGACAAGUCGAUGUCAAGAGAAAAAGAGUUAAAUCAAGCAGUCGUCGUACCUGCACGUUUGAAUACUUCGUCAGAGUAAAAGGGAGAGAGACUCAGGUGUGCCAAACAGCUUUCAAAAAUAUUCAUGCCAUAACUGAAAGAAAAGUCAGGGUCCUUUGUAAGAAGAUGGAUGAUGGUGUUAUGUUUCCUAGUGACAACCGUGGCAAAAAUAGCCAUCGCCGUAGUGGAGAGGUUCGGCUGCCAUCCGGAAUGUUAGAUCAAAUAAGAAAUCAUAUUUACUCUAUUGUUCACACACAUCGACUUAAAGAUUUCAUCAGAUUGGACAAAAUUGCUGGAUUGGAAAUCAAUAUUUCAAAAAUGUGGAAAGAUUACAUUAAGACUUUCGAUCCCGAUAACAUAUCAGCUACUAUGCCUAGAUCUAAAAGAAGCAUGGACCUAGUCCCACAAGUGGAACAACCACAGCAGGAACCUCAAGUUACACAAGAGGCUUUGGCUCCUAUUGCUUAUCCAGGAAGUGGUCAUCUAGUAAAUAUAGCUGAAAACUAUUUUCAAAAUCAGUAUCAGACUGCUACAUUGACUACAGCCCCAGCAACUAAUUUCUAUCAAACACCUAAUGGUGGACAGAGCAUGGGUAUUUUGCUGCAAUCUGCACCAAGGCCCGCACAGCCCACCACAGCAUUCAUUGUGUUGCAAGCUAAGCCUGAGCCGCAACAACACUCCACUAUCACAAUAGACAACCCUUACACACAUACUACUGCAACUGAAAUGAUGCAUCACCAUGUUGACACCAAACCAGAAAAGAAAAUUAAGAAGGAAAAGAAGAGAGGUCCUUUGGUCAAGCAGUGGAGGUACACUAAUAUAUUCCAUGAUGAAAUUAAUGGAGCAGCAUUGGCAGCUAUCAAAACUAGACUAGGGAUGUAUUAUGCUGAGAGUGAUGCUGCUCGCAAGAAGGCCAAGCAGGCACAGGCUCAGGCUCAGGUUCAGGUGCGCCCUACAGAAGUGGUUCAAACACAAACUCCCCCAGAACAGGUUCCACAAAUGAGACAGACGCACACAGUUACAAUAUACACUUAAAGCCUGGAACUAUAAAACUUGGCCUUUCAAAAAGUAUUGCUUUACAAGAAUUUAUGGGACUGAAUCAUUUUGUGUAUUUCUAGCUUUACUGAAAAAUAUCCAGCUUUAUUAUAUCUUAAAAAAUGCAAUUCUAAUAUGAUUAUGCACAUUGCAUUCAUAAUCUAUUACUAAUUUCAGAGUUUGACAAGGAUAACUAAUAGUAAUUUUCUAGAAUUUCCUCUAGGCUUCAUAAUAGAAAUAAGCUAAUGCUUACCUAGGUAAAUCAUUAAGUACUGAGCAUGCAUGUUCUCACUUAGUAACAUUAGCUAGUACAUAGAGCAUAAACUAACAUUGUAUUACAUUAAGAAAUGUAGUAUAGAACAAUACUGCAGCAAUAUGAGCAGUACACAGAACUUUAGACGUAAAAAGCAAAAAAAAAAUAUAUAAAUCUAAUUUAUUUACAAAUAAGAAAAAAUGUGAAGGAUAUUGUUUACUGAUCUCAUGGUAUAUUGCUUUAUAGUUCGAAAUCCAGUGCUUACUAAACUAGAAAUAAGGCCUCAAUCAACAGUGUAUUAAAACUCUUAAAAAUAACAAUUACAACUAUGUGUGGAGUUAAUGCAAGAAUAAUCAAAUGAAGGAUAUUAUUUAUUUGUUUCAAGAUCUAGAUUACUAAAAUAUAGGAGUUUUUCUCGAGUUCACUAUGUGAGCGUAAAUCUUAAUUACAUUUGUCGCCAAACUUUUACAUGGGCUAUAAUAAUUAUGCAGAUGUCAGCACGUCAAUGUACACUCAUGUUCAAUGUUUUUCAACAAUAGAAUUUCGAUUUUAUUUACAUUAAAAUAUAGUUCAAAAUCUUUAACAUACUGCAUCCGAACUACACGGCUGGGAUGAGUUUGGCGAGAAAAUGGAUAUUAAAAAAAAGCUUGUAUUUUAGCAUAAGAAUAACUACUUGCUUUUAUUUUUUUUAUCAUGCAUUGCAUUUUAUUUAAAUUAUUGAAAUAAAUUACCCAUUAGGUAUUACAUUUUAUAAUUUUACUAUAAUUAUCUCGAUUUUAUUAUGUAUCGUGCUUUUAUUUUGACUUAGGUAAAUAUAUUAUCUAAUGAGUAUUUUAUUGAUUAUAUGCUAUAUCAAUUA